GUUAAAACUAAAAAGCAAACUUGACAGCUCAAUGUCAACAUUAACAUAACCUAGAAAAAUGCUCCAAAAAUGUUUCUAAACAAAGUAUUUAAACAGUUGAGGAUCGCGUCGACAUCCCAAACCAUACGGUGUUACUCCCAAGAGUAUGCCCCGAAACCGCUGAGGAGUUUGAAGGCUAAAUCUAAGAGGGAUUCCGUUCAGUAUUAUGUGGAUUCUUGUCGAGUAAGAGUUGUUGCUGGAAACGGUGGUAAUGGCUGCAUAUCGUUCCUCAGUGCCUGGGGGAAGGAACACGCGGGCCCUGACGGCGGUGACGGUGGCCACGGCGGACAUGUCAUCUUUCAGGCGACUCACAAAGUGAAGAGUCUGAACCAUUGUCGAUCGGUGAUACAAGCGAAGCACGGGGAGAAGGGAUACAAUAAGGACUGCUGCGGCAAGAAUGCGGAUCACAUCAUUGUGCCUGUACCGCUGGGCACCGUGGUGCGCAGUGUGGACGGUAAGGAGAUGGCCGACCUGAAGGAGGAGGGGGUGAUGUAUGUGGCCGCGCGCGGGGGGCAGGGGGGCCGGGGGAACAAGUUCUUCCUCACCGACACACAGCAGGCGCCGAGUGUAGCGGAGAUAGGUGCGACGGGGGAGAGCACCUCGUAUACGUUGACGGUGCUGGGCAUGGCCGCCGUGGGGCUGGUGGGGUUUCCCAACGCUGGGAAGAGUACCCUGCUGCGCGCCGUCACCCGGGCCAGGCCUAAUGUGGCGCCCUAUCCCUUCACUACGCUGCAUCCGCAUAUAGGCAUGGUCCCGUACGAUGACUACGAGCAAGUGGCGAUAGCGGACUUGCCGGGUUUGAUUCCCGGUUCGCACAAGAACUACGGGUUGGGUAUCCAAUUCCUCCAGCACGUGGAGCGUUGCAAAGGCCUAGUGUUCGUUCUGGACGGAACCAACGACCCCGACCACCAAUACUCUAUCCUCGAACACGAGGUCACCCAAUACAGCUCAGCAUUAGCUCGCAGACCACGCGCCAUAGUCGUCAACAAGGCGCCGAGUGUAGCCGAGAUAGGUGCGACUGGGGAGAGCACCUCGUAUACGUUGACGGUGCUGGGCAUGGCCGCCGUGGGGCUGGUGGGGUUUCCCAACGCUGGGAAGAGUACCCUGCUGCGCGCCGUCACCCGGGCCAGGCCUAAUGUGGCGCCCUACCCUUUCACUACGCUGCAUCCGCAUAUAGGCAUGGUCCCGUACGAUGACUACGAGCAAGUGGCGAUAGCGGACUUGCCGGGUUUGAUUCCCGGUUCGCACAAGAACUACGGGUUGGGUAUCCAAUUCCUCCAGCACGUGGAGCGUUGCAAAGGCCUAGUGUUCGUUCUGGACGGAACCAACGACCCCGACCACCAAUACUCUAUCCUCGAACACGAGGUCACCCAAUACAGCUCAGCAUUAGCUCGCAGACCACGCGCCAUAGUCGUCAACAAGGUAGACUUGCCCGAAGCGAGACAGAACUACGAGAAAAUGAGACAGAAGAUGGAAGUCAUAGGAGUUUCAGCUAAGACUGGACACAAUUUGAUAGAACUUUUAAUGGUUAUCAGGGAUAUAUAUGACAGAGAUUUAGGUGAUAGUGUUGUGAUUAAAUAAUUUAAUUAUAGGUGAAGUAUUUUUGUAUUGUUAAUUAUUUUUUUCGUUUAGUGUUGAAGCAAGUGUGACGUCGAUUGUACAUAGUUUAUGAUAAUUAAACGACUUAUAAGUUU